AGGGAUGGCCGGACUUUCGGAAAGAGAUUGAGCGUCGAGUUUGGACAGUCGCGAUCGCGAAUAAAUCGUUGAUGAAUUAUGGCCAGUUACGGCUCAGGCUUAUUGUGGCCUCCUUAAACCUUAAAGUUAAGGAGCUCGUCGUUGAGUGUCGCUGUGACGCGAGAGGAGCGGGAAAAGGAAGGCAAUGGCGCAAUACGACGUGAGAUCAGGCACAAUCAAUAAACCGUAUUUUUAUUACCCUGUCGCCUCGAGCGAAUGAAUAGAGAAGAUGCCUGGUCACCGUCAGCCCAAUUCCCUCGAGGGACUUAGCUUGGGCCGAGUGUGUCAAUUACUUGACGGGACGUGCCGACGCCUACAAGUCUUAUCGCAGGAGUCGUCCGCGAGCCAAGUGCUCGCUUACGCCAAGCAGACCAUCCGGCCCUACUAUGCGAAUUCCCUUACCGCCCGACUGCGAUCUCAGGUGAUCGAGGAGACUUCGCGGAUGCUCUACGGACCCUCGACCGAUGGAUCGAACCUCAUUUCCGGGCCCGCUCCCCUCUACCUCCUGGCACUUCUACUCGGCCACGAUAUCAAAAAGCUCAAGGUCAAUCUAUGCUGCUACUACGGCUGUAGUCAUCAGACCUCGUUGCUCAAGCUACUGGCGACCGAAGGCAUUGGACUGGAGUCCCUGGAAUUAGCUAGGUCGGCACUGCUGCGCCUCGAUUGCAAACUGCUGCGAUCGGCCCUCGUCAACAUGAAGAACCUCCAAAGACUGACGUUACGUAAUAUCGCCAGUGACGCGGUACUCCAGGUCGUGGGUAAAUCUUGCCCGAAGCUCGUGAUCCUGGACGUGGCGUGCUCGAGACAGGUGACGGACGCCGGACUCAAGCAGCUGUUACUGCACGUCGAAUUCCGCGACAGGGUGCCACACCAGGCGAAUCAAGAGGCCACGAGCUGGUCGCGUUUGAAGAGUCUGCUAACCAAACUCAAAGUCCGCGGUCCCAAAUCCGAGAAAAGAGAUAAGCAAGUUUUGCUCGAUCACUGCGAGAGCCGUAACCUCCUGUGCGACAGUCUCAAGGUCCUGAACGUGGCUAAUACAGGGGUGACGAGCGCCGGGGUCCUGCUGGCAUUGAUGAACGUGCCUCAACUGGAGUCGUUGGCCGAAUACAGCCACAUGGGUCGGGUUGUCGAGAUUAUGAACCGGGGCGUCAUCGACUUUAAGACGCCCUUCAGCCUCACCCAAGCGCGCAGUUGUAGGACAACACCGGCGCGCCUGGAACUCUUGGCGCAGGCCUGUCCGCGUGUCGAGAAGCUGCAUAUAGCCGAGCCCCAUCAUCCGCCCGAAGCGCUGAGGCUCUUUCCUUAUGUCACGUCGCUCAGCGUUUACGGCAUACCCGUGCAGAAGGAGUGGCUCGAGGGCUUCUACGGUUACUUGAAAACUAACGGUCAUACAUUAAAGGAGCUGGACAUGCGCAUCGCCCAGAGCGAGGUGCCGCUGGACAUCGAUCUCAAGGAGAUAUUCUUCAGCUGCGCGAAUUUGCGUAGCUUCGUCAAGGACGGCUCGAACGUCAUUUGGUCGACUGGGCCGGAUCCUCCGACGCUCAAGUACCUCAAGAGAGUUCAGGUUGGAAGGAUGGUCAGUGCCCUCGCUAUUACCAAGAUACUGUCUCUCGCCCCGUGUCUAACGGCCCUACACGUCCACAGCUGCUUUGACUUAACGAACGAACAACUGGAGAGAUUACUGAGCGAGCCAGCCAGGGCUAAUAAGUCGUGCGCUUCGACAUUAAAACGAUCGGAGGUGGUUACGCAGAGCAAUAGUCUGGUGCGAAAUCUCGAGUGCUUUUACAUUUACGAGGCGAGCAAAGUCUCGGCUUCCACUGUCUUGAAUAUGUUCAAGAGCUGCGGAAAGCUUAAGAGAAUCGGCAACCUCGCUAAUUGGGGUCUCGACUGCGAGGGCGUGAGGACAUUGAGAAAUACAUUGGCCAUGGCGAAUUUGGACGUUGAUUUAUGCCCGGGAUCGCAUUGGUUCUGGAAUGAUUGUAUACAAUAGCGAUGAGAAUAUAACAUAAAUAUACAAUAGUGGAUCGUUGGUUGGGAAAUGCUAGGGCGGGAGAAUU